AUGGUGGAAUUCAUGUCUGGUCUCUGUUGUCUAAGUUCUGAAGCCUUUGACAGAGGCAGUUGCGGAGUUAUUGCUGACCUGUCUGUGGGUUACACUGAACAAAUGAUGACUGCAAGUUUUGAAAGCUUACUUACGGAAUGUUUGCAGGAAUCUGGAAACCAGAAGUUUGUUAUUUUGAUUGACAAGCUUAUAUCCAGAAUUGGAUUUCAUAGAGUUAUUGCUGGUGCUGUUGCUCAUGAUUCUCCAACUGUGUCUGAGGAGCCUACUGUAAAUCUGACAACCUCAGAGGUUUCUUAUUCUCGUGCCUGGCUGGCUGCGGAAAUAUUAUGCACCUGGAAAUGGCCUGGUGGUAGUGCUUUUAGCUCGUUUUUGCCUCUCCUAAGUGCUUAUGUAAUCAGUCAAGAUUAUUCUCCUGCUCAUGGCCUUUUAGAUUCUAUUGUUUCCAUUUUGCUUGAUGGUGCUCUUAUGCAUGGAGAAAGUGGUGAACUGACUCCUGGAAAUGUAUGGCCUGGGUUGUAUCAUGAGGCUGAGAGUAUCAGUGAGCCCUUUCUAAGAGCGCUCAUAGCAUUACUCUCUACUCUUUUUCAAAAAAAUAUAUGGGGAAAGGACAAAGCUGUGCCAUAUUUUAGGAUGCUUCGAGAGAAACUCUUUAUUGGUGAAACAGUGAACUUAAAUUGUUUGAAUGUUCUUCCUGCAUGUAUGGAAGUUUUUAUAGCACCGCUGAGCAUUGCUUCUGAUGCAUCCCACAAAAGCGACCAGCCUGAUGAUUUCAUAGAAUGUGAGCUACAUGUUACUGUUGUGGACUGGCUCCGGAAAACUGCAUGCUUCCCUCCUCUAAAUACAUGGCAAAGUGGAAAAGAUAUGGAAGGUUGGUUUCAGCUAGUUUUAUCCUGUUAUCCUGUAAGUGCAGCAAAAGGAGUGAAUUGUAUAAAGAAACAAAGGAGUAUUGACUCUCUGGAGAGAGGUGUUCUUUUUGAAUUAUUUCGGAAGCAAAGACAAAAUUUUGGUGCAGCAACUUUGAUUAACAAACUGCCCAUGGUCCAAGUUUUAUUGUCAAAGCUUCUACUGGUUUCAGUUGCUUAUUGUUGGGAGGAUUUCAAUCAUGAUGAUUGGGAGUUUGUCUUGUAUCGCUUAAGAUGGUGGAUCGAAUCCACAGUUGUGAUGAUGGAAGAAGUUGCUGAAAGUGUGAAUGAUGCUAUUACAAGCAGUUCAACUUGUAGUGAUUUGGAAGCUACUUUAAACAAGCUUAUGCUUACAGCUUCAAAUGUAGACCAUUCUGCUAUAAAUAUUGCAAGAAAUGCUCUUGCUGCAUUUUCUUUGUUUUGUGGCCAUCUUGGGAAUGAAAACAAUGAACUGGAAGAUAAUUUAAACCCAUUGAGGAAUGACAGAUGGGAGAUCAUGAAAGAUCGAAUUUAUGAGUGUAUUCUUCGUCUGUUUUUUUCUACUGGUGUUGCUGAGUCGAUAGAAGGCUCUUUCUGCAGUGAAUCUUCAUCUUUUAUAGCAGCAUCUAGGCUAGAGGAUUCGCAGUUCUGGGAGCUAGUUGCUUCAUCUGUUGCUGAGUCAUCCUCACACGCAAGAGACAAAGCCGCAAAAUCAGUUGAUAUGUGGGGACUAAGUAAAGGGCCCCUUGAUUCUUUAUAUGCUAUCCUCUUUUCUUCAAAACCCCUUCCUCAUCUGCAGUUUGCUGCCUAUACUCUUCUCUCUAGUGAACCUAUAUCACAUGUGGCUUUUAUAAGUGAAGAAUUUAAAACAUCAUUUGAUGAAGAUACUUCCAGUAAUCAGGGUUCUGUCCUUCCCGAUUUGGCUUCAGAACAGAAUUUCCGUUUGAGGGACGAAAUCAGUUUCAUGUUUGAAAGAUUCCCCCGUGAAGUCCUUGAUAUGGAUUUAUUGGCCUGUAAACGGGUAAAUCUAUUUGUUAUUUGGUCUUUGUUGCUAUCACAUCUAGUGUCUUUGCCGUCGUCAACAUCUGCAAGGGAGAAAAUGGUUCAGUACAUGCAAGAUACUGCUGAUUCAACAAUACUGGAUUGCAUUUUCCAACAUAUUCCAUUGGAAUCCUUGGCUGGGUCCAGCUUGAAAAGGAAAGAACUUCCACCUGCUGUGUCAAGGGCAGCAACAGCUGCUGCACAUGCCAUCACUACUGGUUCAGUAUUGCUUUCUGUGGAAAAUCUUUGGCCUCUUGAAGCAGAGAAAAUGACUUCAUUGGCUGGUGCAAUAUAUGGUCUGAUGCUCUGCAUGCUUCCAGCUUAUGUUCGAGAAUGGUUUAACAGUAUACGUGAUCGCUCUAGGUCAUCUAUGAUUGAAUCCUUCACAAUAAGAUGGUGCAGCCCUCUGCUGAUAAAAAAUGAGCUAAAUCAGAUCAAGAAAGCUGAUUUUGCUGAUGAGAAUUUCUCAGUUAGUGUGAGUAAAUCUGCCAAUGAGGUUGUGGCUACCUACACAAAGGAUGAAACAGGCAUGGAUCUAGUCAUUCGACUUCCUGCAUCUUAUCCGCUUCGAUCUGUGGAUGUAGAUUGUACUAGGAGCCUUGGCAUUAGUGACGUGAAGCAGAGAAAGUGGUUAAUGUCAAUGAUGUUAUUUGUUCGCAAUCAGAAUGGUGCCUUAGCCGAAUCAAUACGAAUAUGGAAAAGCAACUUUGACAAGGAAUUUGAAGGUGUGGAGGAGUGUCCCAUCUGUUACAGUGUCAUCCAUACUUCUAACCAUAGCCUUCCACGCCUAGCAUGCAAAACCUGCAAGCAUAAGUUCCACUCAGCCUGCCUCUACAAGUGGUUUUCGACUUCUCACAAGUCUACUUGCCCAUUAUGCCAGUCUCCUUUCUGAUCUCGUUGAGUUCAAGCACAAGACUGGUUACCAUGGAGCCUGCCUUGGAAGGGAUUUGCAACUUCUCAAAGAAGCUUUUUUGUCCAGUUUCUUUGAUCUUGAUGCAUAAGGAAUUGGUUUUUGAUCUUGCACCCGUAGACUAGUUUAUUUGUAACCGAAAAAAAAAAGAAUGGGCUUGAGGCAGGAUUAGUAGACCUUGAAGAAAACCAAGCUGUGAGCUUCAUGAGUGGGUAAAUACUUUCAUUACCACAAAUGGUUUUCCUCACCUUGUCAGUGAAGUUCAGCGGAGAAAGAACACUGAUAUAUAUUUUGAGAACCCUGAGUGGAGAAUAUUGAUAUAGAUUUUGAGAACCCUGUCUGGCUUUGUUGGAGACUCAGUAUACCUGGAGAUGUAGAAGCUUAGAUAUAGCUUUGUAGAGCAGAAUGUUCUGGAAUGAUAGUUUCUGGCAAUCCUAGAACUGGAAGCGAGGCACAUCUAGUUUAAACUUUAAAGUGACAACUGUAGCAAAAUUUGUCUCAAAUCAGUUUUAUGUACAAUAGAGAUGGAUGAACAGCCAAAGUUGUAGGAAGAACGUUCUGUGGAGGCUUUUUCUUUUUUUUUUUUUUUUUUUUUUUAAAAGGUCUUGAAUUUGGGACCUUCCACAUAUAUUCUCUUUUUCUGUACCAUCCAGCCAUCCUUCCCCUCACGCAUCCUGGAGUUUGCAAUGAGUAUCUCUCAAUGGUUCUCCGAUC